UUCCUCGCCGCCGUCGCGGUACUUCGCCGUACAACCCCUCCACUCCGUGGUGAAUCCUGUCGCAAUGAUGAUGGCGCAACCAUUCGCUGCCCACCAAGGCAUCCCACAGCAUGGCUUACCCCCGGGUCAUCAUCCAAUGCCCGGCCAACACCCAAAUGCCGGUCACCCCGGGCCUGGCAUGGUACAGCAAAUGCAUCCUGGAGUUUCCGCGCCAGGAGGACCCCAAGUGAGCCAGGCGGGUCCGAUGAUGGGUGGGAUGCCUCCGGGCGCUGGGACCGCGGGUCCCGGCGGUCCCAUGCCCAAUGCCCACGCUAUGUCCCAUCUGAAUCCCGCGCAGGCGCAACAUAUGUUUCAGCAACAGGCAUUCUCUCAAAAUUAUGCGAACAAUCCCCAGUUAAUGCACCAGCAGCAGAUGAUGCGGCAGCAUAUGAUUCUCCAGCAACGGCAGCAAGCCCAAGCGCAACAGCAACAGCAACAACAACAGCAACAGCAACAGCAACAGCAACAGCACGGCCUCCCUGUAUCAUUACCCAAUGGAACCCAAGGCCUUAAUGCUGCCCAGCUGGCUCAGAUGCAGGCCAACCCUGGAAUGCGACCGGUCAACCUGAUGCACCUUCAGGGUCAGGUACCCCACGGUCAACCGCAAAACCUCCAGCAGCAACAGAUGUUCGCUCUCCAGCAGGCGCAAGCACAGCAGCAAGCGCAGCAGGCUCAGGCAAACAAUGGACAGCCCGGCCAACAUACUCCGCAGCGUGGUUCCGCCCAACCUCCCAACAUGCACGAGGCCCAGGUUGGGACUCCUCAGUCUCAGCAUGGCCCACCACAGAGUGGUACACCUCAACCGAGACAGCCCUCUCAACCCCCGUCGUCCCAACCCCCACAGUCACAGGGCCCACCGCAAGCUCAUGGUACGCCGAACCCUCAGUCACAGCAAUUGCCGCAUGGCCAGCAGCCAGGUCAACAGCCAGGCCAGUCGGGUCCCCAGUCGCAGCCUCAAGGUGCUCAGGGCCAACCGGGUCAGACAUCUGGCCCGCCAAACCCGCAGGCCCUGGCGGCUCAGGAGGCUCAAUUGAAAGCACAGCAGCAUCAAAAUGCUCUGAUGAUGCAAAGAAUGGCCCGACCGAGUGGUCAAUCGAUCUUAUAUCUUCACGCCUAUGCUGAAAACUUGAGCAGUUUCCAGAGUCGAAACGAGACAGCCGACCUUAUUUACUGGAACAGCUUUGUCGAGCGAUUCUAUUCGCCCGGUGGUGUUCUGCGACAGGGCGUCUGGAACCCUCAGACUGGAUCGAAGCAGUUUGAGAUCACGACACCCGCACUGGCUCGGUAUUACCUGACCCAAUUCUCCAGUGGCAUCCGCCAGAUCCAAAUGGUUGUGGAAGGUGCCCGUGAGCGGGAAUUGCCGAAUGGAGGACACAUCGUCGAGAGCCCUCGAACCUCUUUCAUCUACUGGUUUACGAAUGAUUGCCAACUUUUCACAAACGGACAACUACGGGCUUCAUUUGGCAUGGACAACAAACUCGAGAUGCUCGAUAUCACAGUUACAAGCCACAACGAGUUUAUUCCACGAAGCAUUGCUCAGUCACUGGAGGCUUCGGAGCUGAAGCAGAGCCCCAAGGCUUCCAAGAACGCUGCGAAGCGGACACAAAAGCAGGCUCAGUCCCCAUCGCUUCCGGAGUCACUGGUCAACUCUCAUGGCGUUACUCUCCCGGUGAUGGGAUUUUUGGAAGUCGCGGAGACCAUCUCUCAGAUGCAAAUGCUCUUCCACUACUCCCUACAGAAUCCGACCUUGUCUCCUCCCGAAGCUCUCCGUAACCUUGUCAAUACCCUGCAGACCGUUCCUAACCAAGGAUUUGCACCUCCGAUGAACCCAGGUAUGCAAGGUAUGCAAGGUAUGCAGAGUAUACAGGCAAUGCAAGCCAUGCAGGGUAUGCAAGGUAUGCAAGGCAUGCAACCCAUGCCCACCGCACGCAAUCCCAGCAUCAAUGGUCCUUCGCAGUUUGCCUCGCCUGCCAUGGCCCAUCUCGGUCUGCCGGGCGCUCAGGGAUCACCUCAUCUCGGCUCUGCGCACGCAAGUCCGGCUCAAAGCCAGCUUACUGGGCCUCCAGGAAUGUCAGGCUCGGUCCAUCCAUCUCCGGUCGGUGUCAACAACAGCCCUAAUGUAGGUGGCAACAAACGCCGCCGGGCAAGCACUGUCAAGAUGGAAAACGAUGACGUGGGCCCGGAAGUCAAUGGCACAUCUGCCCCCGGUACGGCCAAGGUCAAGGCUAGCCCUCGAGUGACCAAACGGCAGAAGGGACAAGCCGCCUGA